AUGAGGCUGGAGAGCGCUAGAAUGGACCUCUUCAGAAGAUUAUGGACGGCUCGGAAGCUGAUUCUUGUGGUGAUGAUCCCGCUGUCUCUGCUGCCCCUGCCCCUCAUCCACCCGAGCAGUGAGUCAUCCUGUGCCUAUGUGCUGAUUGUAACAGCGGUAUAUUGGGUAUCAGAGGCUGUGCCCUUGGGAGCUGCUGCAUUAGUGCCCGCCUUCUUGUAUCCACUGUUUGGGGUCCUCAAAUCAAGUGAGGUAGCCUCAGAGUACUUUAAGGACACUACCUUAUUGCUGAUGGGAGUUAUAUGCCUCGCUGCUUCCAUAGAAAAGUGGAACCUGCAUAAACGUAUUGCCCUCCGCAUGGUGAUGAUAGCAGGGGCCAAACCUGGAAUGUUGGUGCUGGGGUUCAUGUGCUGUACAGUAUUCCUAUCAAUGUGGCUGAGUAACACCUCUACCACUGCCAUGGUAAUGCCUAUUGCUGAAGCUGUCCUUCAGCAGCUCAUCUACACUGGUAUCGCCGACUCCCAUGAUGACUCUGACACUGUGGAGACCCAAGAAGAUGAAAGCGAUAAAGAGGAGACCCUAAACAAGAACCACCUUGAGCUUCUGUACCACAGAGACAGUUGUGAGAAACCUGAGCUCUGCACGUUGUCUGAGGAAGCUAAUGGUCUUGCACUGAAGCCAGGUCUGGGACCAGACCUUCCAAAAGAGACUAAUGGAUAUUUACCUGAGCUAGCAAUUGACAUUCCUGUACCAAAGAAACCCAAGAUUCGGAGAGACUCCUUGUAUCCCACCAAGAGGGACCACAUGAUCUGCAAGUGCCUGUCUCUCAGCAUCACAUAUGCAGCAACCAUUGGUGGUCUCAUCACAAUCACUGGCACCUCCACCAACCUCAUCUUUGCAGAACAGUUCAAUAAUCGAUACCCAGAGGCGAAAGUCAUCAACUUUGGUACAUGGUUCAUCUUCAGCCUGCCGAUUGCUCUUAUUAUGCUGGUGUUAACUUGGAUCUGGCUCCACUGCCUAUUCCUUGGAUGCAAUUUCAGAGAAACUUGUUCAUGGAGUAAGAAGCGCAAAACCAAACGUGAGAUCCUCUCAGAGAAACGUAUUCACGAAGAGUACCAGAAGCUUGGUCCCAUCAGCUAUCCUGAAGUUGUGACAGGCCUUUUCUUCAUUCUGAUGACACUGCUGUGGUUCACAAGGGAACCUGGUUUUGUUCCUGGCUGGACAUCCCUGUUUGAGAAGAAAGGCUACAGGACAGACGCCACAGUUUCAGUGCUGCUUGGCUUCCUCCUCUUCCUCAUCCCUGCACGCAAACCCUGGCCAUCUGCAUUCUUUAGCAAGAGCAAAGGGGAAGAUGACGAGGAAGACGAGGAAGACCCUUUGGCACCUAUGAUCACCUGGAAAGACUUCCUGAGACUGAUGCCAUGGGAGAUUGUCAUUCUGGUUGGAGGAGGUUACGCCCUGGCAGCAGGGUGUAAGGUGUCAGGGCUGUCAAUGUGGAUCGGCCGGCAAUUGGAGCCGAUGAGUGGCCUGCCUCCAUGGGCCGUCACACUGUUGGCUUGCCUGCUUGUGUCUGCAGUGACAGAGUUCGCAAGCAAUCCUGCCACCCUCACAGUGUUUCUUCCCAUCCUUUCUGCCUUGUCAGAGACUCUGCAGAUAAACCCCCUGCACACACUCAUCCCAGCCACCAUGUGUGUGUCCUUUGGCGUCAUGCUGCCUGUUGGAAACCCGCCCAACGCCAUCGUGUUCAGUUAUGGACACGUGCAAAUUAGCGACAUGGUAAAAGCUGGUUUUGGAGUGAAUCUGAUUGGAGUUCUGGUCGUCAUGCUGGCUAUAACCACAUGGGGUGUUCCCCUUUUCCAACUGACUGAGUUCCCUGCCUGGGCAGUAAUGAGAAAUGUUACUGGCAGCUUGUAGCCACAAGGUGGCCACAAGCUUGUGACAGACAGCAUUUUUUCCUGCAACAAAACAAUGGAGGACACUUUGAAUGUAUGGCAAAAGAGGCACAUUUUUCAUUUCCUGUGAUGGUCUCUGUUUGUACCCCUCAUGUGAAGCGCAAUGCCUUAGUGAAACACAGGGAGUAAAAGGCAUUUUAAUUGGAACUGUAAGCAAACCACAUAGCAUAAAAAAGAGAAUGUUACCAGUUCUUUAUAUUACAGAUCAUUGCAGUGUUCUAUUAUGUACGGAGGUUUUUAUAGAAUUUAGAUUAUAAUUGACAUAAGGGUGACAUAAAAAUGUGUAUAAGUCACUUUAUACAACACCUUAAACCAUUUACAAUAAAAGAAAACAAUAUGAUAGCAAGUACAAAUCUCUUAUAUAUAUGUUUUUGUAUGAACUAAAUGUAAAAUAUCUGUACAUCAACAGAUUUACUUUUAGAUGUGUAAUAGGGGUCAUUUAUCUCCUUUAAAACAUGAUCAGUUUUAUUGUUGCUCCAGCAUACUGUAGGUAUGUAGGCUCCUACUACUACGUAUUCUUUAAAAUAAGUGCUGCUGGACUCGGGGUGGGCAAUAUGGCAAUAAAAUAACAUCAAGAUAUUUAGUAAUGCAUCACGAUAUUUAGUUUUUCUGAUUUUUGAUAAAAAAGGACCAGUCAUAAAAAUACUGCAAAUAGUGAUCUUCAUCCACCGCACUGCAGUGUAUAAACAGUACGCUUUUAGAAGGUGAAGAUGUUGGACGAUAUGUGUAUUACACUGCAUGAUCUUACUAUACCACUGUAAGUCAUUUAAACAGCAAUUUUGUGUAGCAAAUGUAAGAGACAUCAUA